UCGUGAUUAUGCAUCCACCUAAAAGCAAAAAUCUGACAACGUAGACUUUAAGUGAGAGAAAACACCGACAGCACUGGUUUCAGUUGAUCCGUCAUUCAAUAUUUCCUUUCUCUUCCCAUUUCACCCUUCUCUUUCAUCUCAUUUACACUGCUUUGCCACACUCCGCCAUUGUCGUUUUCCUCUUCCCUCCCUUCUCUUUCCCAUGUCGUUUUACAUUUCCAUAUCCUAAGCUCAACCUAACUCUUUCAAACGCUACGUUUUGAGCUGAAAAAGGCUUCGUUGAUCUGCGAGAAUAAAUUUGAGAAAGGUGAAUGAUGAAUCGGAGCUUUAGGUCUCAGCAAGAAAAGGCAAUGCAAGCGGCGGCUUUGAAACAACAGCAACAAUUAAGAGCUUCGAUGAUGAAAGAGAAAGAAGAUGAGCUCGCAUUGUUUCUCGAGAUGCGAAAACGUGAAAAAGAACAGAGUAAUCUUCUUCUUAAUCACUCCUCCGAAGGCAUCGAUGCUUCUUUAGGAUCUAAACCUGGAACUUCUCCGAUAUUUAAUCUUUCGGCACCGACAACUACUUCGGCGAGAAAGACGGGUGGUGCCGCCGAUGAUUUUCUUAAUUCUGAUAGUGAUAAAAAUGACUAUGACUGGCUUUUAACACCUCCUGGUACUCCUCUUUUUCCUUCCUUGGAGAUGGAGUCUCAAAAGACUGUAAUGAGUCAGAUUGGCAAUCCUAAGGCUCAUCCGACUGCCCUGAAAUCUAGACUAGCAAAUCCCCAGCCAGAUUCUGCUGCCAGGGGCAACUUAGCAUCAAAGCAACUGGCAUUGUCACCUGGGUUGAAUUCCACAGGGAUUCGGAGGCCCUCAUCAUCAGGGGGUCCAGGUUCGAGACCUACAACACCCACCAGACGCCCUACAUUGACUGGAGCAUCUAAACCUAUGAGAUCAUCAACACAGAAUCUCGGCCCAUUAUCAUCGACUAAGUCCUCAAUUUCUGCAACUAAGCCUAUAACAUCUGCAGCAAAGCCUGUAAUAUCUGCAACUAAACCUGCAACAAAACCUGGAACGUCCACAACUAAGCCCACAGUUUCUGCAGCCAAGACUGGAUCUUCUGCAACUAAACCUACAGUUUUUGCAAGAUCCUCCACACCAACGAGGUCCACAGCUAGGUCUUCAACACCAACUGCAAGACCUACUUUACCGUCAUCCAAACCUGUAUCAAGAGCAACCACACCAACUCGUCGACCGUCAACUCUAUCAAGUGCUCCUAAUAUAUCUGCUUCUCCAAUUAAAUUAUCUCUUUCAUUUACAAAGCCAACUUCUGCAGCAUCCAGAAAUUCUGUACCUUCACGUGCCGCCUCUCCGACAGUAAAAUCUAGAUCAUGGAAGCCUUCUGAGAUGCCUGGUUUCUCACUUGAUGCUCCACCAAAUUUAAGAACAACACUACCUGAUAGACCACUUUCAGCCACAAGAGGUAGGCCUGGAGCACCAAGUUCUCGAUCUUCUUCUGUUGAACCAGGUCCUACUGCUAGACCACGACGACAGUCAUGCUCUCCUUCAAGAGGACGCCCCCCUAACGGUGCUAUGCUGCAUGUCAGUGGGAGCUCCGUUCCUGCAGUAAGUCGUGGAUAUUCCAAAGUUAGUGACAACUUGAGCCCUGUUGUAAUUGGAACUAAAAUGGUUGAGAGGGUGAUAAACAUGCGGAAACUGGCACCACCCAAGCAAGAUGAUAAACAUUCUCCUCAUGGUAACAUGUCUGGGAAGUCUGCAUCACCAGAUAGUUCUGGCUUCGGAAGAACACUUUCAAAGAAAUCACUGGAUAUGGCUAUAAGGCAUAUGGAUAUAAGGCGAACCAUUCCUGGUAAUUUACGGCCAUUGAUGACGAAUAUUCCAGCAUCAUCAAUGUACAGUGUGAGAUCAGGUCCUACACGAAGCAGAAAUAUUAGUGUCUCGGAUUCCCCUCUUGCUACGAGCAGUAAUGGUAGUUCAGAGCUUAGUGUGAAUAACAACUGCAUAUGUUUAGAUGGGAACGAAGUAGAAGAUGAUAAUGGCAGUGAGAGAGGUGGUCGAUCUCCUGCAAGUAUGCAUGCGAGAUGAUGUUCAGGGUUUACAACCAUGAGAUGUGUCCAUAUUUUUUAAAUUCUAGGAGAUUUGACAUUUGGAAGAGAAGCAAUUUCCAGGAGGAACUAUGUCGGAAUCAGUGUUCGAAUAUCACCGUAAAGCUAACUAAUUAGAAUUGUUUACUGUUGUGUAAUUCACGGAAGGUUGUAUUGGUAGGGAAACCCAAGUAGAUGGUAAUCAUCAUUCUUCAAAUUCUACAGGGUGAGUUGUUGUGAACUAGCUUUGAAAUGAUGAAGGCUUGUUAACUGAAAGCUAGAGAUCAACUUAUCUCCCUUUACUGUUCCCAAUUGUAUUAUUGGAAUGGUUGUUUUUUUUUUUUUUUUGAGAUAAAAUUGAAUCUCAUAAAAGUAGCAG